GUCUGGCUCGUCGUCGUCGUCGUCGCGAGCGUAGUCCGCCUCUGUGCCACCACGACGACCACCACCACGACUCUGGCCAUUACCAUCACCACCACCACCACCGAGACGACGAGCGACGUCGACGUCGUCGUCGCGGAACAAGCCGAGGGACAUCGGCCCCCGUCUCGUCGUCGGUUCUCGUGCGUCGCUCCUCGGAUCUCGCCGCGACUAGUUCGACGAUUGAAACGAUAGAGAGGGCCGCUCUGCGCGAGUGAAUAUCGCGAGAAAGGACAAAGAUCGGAGAGGGCUUUUUAUCGGGCUGGGGGGAUCGCGGGGGCGAGGAUAAAACGAGGGAUUCGGGUUUCCUCAUUUGUCAACCCUCUCGGUCUCUGCUGGCUUUCGCUCCCUCUGCCAACGUCGAGCUGGACGAUCGAACAAAGAGGGAUUCGACGGAAGGAUUGGGAUUUGCGGCAUCAAAGGAGCCCGCGAGGCGGCAAGUGACGAGUGCGACGAUUCUGUGGUCUAAAAAAAGACAUUGAAAAUUUCGAGAGCUCUGAAUUUCAAAGCCAGCGGCAGGAGCGGCGCUACCCGCGGCACGAGCCUCGUGCGUAUGCGUGCGUCCGGGUGCGUGGGCGUGCGAGUGUGCCAGUUGUUGUUCCCUGUCGGGAGGCAGUUCGGGGACGCCGCAGUUUUGGGAGCCGGCGCGCGGGAUCGGACCACGUUUUCUAGUCGAAUGCGAGAAGUCACGACGGUCGAGGAGUUGGAAAGGGCGUCUCGAUGAAGCUCCGGAGUCCUUCGAGUGCGAGGACGAUGCCCGAAAAGCUGUAGAAUGAGAAUCAGCACCGGAGCUCGAGUCGUUCGCGAUCAGAGGCAGAAGCACUUUCGGCGGCUCGUCGCAUCGAGCACGAUAAAUCGUCAGUGGCAAAAGAGAGAAAGUAGCCUCGAGGAGGGCGAAUAUGCACAGCUGACCGAGUGCGUGGCUCUGGCGACCCCGGCGUCGUCGUGGGUGACGUAAAUUAUUGUCUAAAUUUCAAAAGUACGCCACCGAGAAACGCCAAACGAGUCUCGAUAUUGAUAUACGUAGAAAUUCGUGAGAUCUUUGUACAUUCGUGUUACCGCGUGACUGUGUACGUGUGCGUGCUUCUGUACACACAGUGGAGGAAAAAAAGGCAAACAAAAAAAAGAAAAAAGAAAAAAGAAAAAGAAAAACAAGAGGAGAAAAUACGAAACGUCAGCACGCUCUACGUGCGCCAAGCAUUGAUCGUGCGUGGCUCUCCUCUGCUCCCGGUGGCUCUCGUUUCACCGCGGGCUCGUACAAACUCGACUGCAACACCACGUGCCUUCUAUCCUCACUUCUCGCGUCGUCCAGGACUCUCUCAGAACCUCAAUUUCCUCUCAAUCUCUUUCAUUCUCUCUUCCUCUCUCUCUCUCUCUCUCAUUCGUUGGAAUUCGAAGGAAACCAAAGCGAACAAAAACCGACCAAAUAGUUAGCGAGACGCGGUCAAGAGUCCCGAGGGUAACGACGAAAAAAUCACUCAACAGUCGACAAUCGUUGGUAGCGAAGCAGUUCAAAGGCGCAGAAAACGGAGACCAAUAGGCCACAGUAGCGACUGCCGUUUCUCGUCGGACGAGCGAUUACUCUUAAAUUUGUGGAGGAAUUAGGAAGAAUUAGAGUUUAAGCGAGAUCGCGGCUCUCGAGCCGUUUCCGGGAGUCCGGAAUAGAGGAAGUCGAAAAAAAACGGUGAAAUCUUGAUGAAAAGGUGACGGGGAAUUAGAACUUUCGUCGAGGAGCCCGUGAUUGAUGUACGUCGAGUUAAAUAAUCGAGAAUCAACGAUUCGAGGACUGCGUUGAAUCGCACGUAGGAACGGGGGCAAAAUAAAAGAGUAAAAAUGUGAAAUGCCGAGGGUGAAAAGGAUUUUUGGCGGUAAAUAAAACGGUUUUAUUGCCCGGAGUCUCAGCGAUAUUGAAAAGAGAAAAAAGCCGAUCGGGAAGCGGCGAUCAGGGAGAAAUAGUGAUUGAUCGAGGACACCGCGGCGAUGAUAGAUUAGUCGGGAAUAAUUAACGAGGUCGGAUCGUCGAGUGAUUACGGCCGCGAAUCAUCAGACACGAUAAAGACGAUCAGGAAAUGACGCUGAGGAUAAUAACGAGGGAGCCAAUGAGAACGCGAUGCUCUCGGAACGUUUUUGCCAGAUUGAAGACGGCAGCGACAAAACUACGUGGAGAUUCGAGCAGCUAUCUGCAGUCUGAUCCUACUAUUUCAACAGGCGCAUUGACUUUAAGGUAUUCAGGGAUAACAACGAAGACAUCGAGAUCGAAAAGCGAUCGGAAAGACGUCAGCAACUACGACAACGAAAUUUUUCACCAUCCCGGAGCCCCGAACGAUAAUAAUCCCGUUAAAAACAUCACGAGUGGCCAUAAAAUCAAUAAUUAUUUUAUGCAUUAUUAUCAUUGCAAGUUUGAAAUAAACGUUGAUAACGAAGUGACGACAAUCGACGCGAUGAUCACACGGUGCUCGUUCCUACGGCGGCCGGUUCGUCGCUGAAUUGAACAAUCUCAUUAUUCGAUGCUCGCUGCCGCUUCCGAGAUCGCUAUUAAACCUGGAGAAUUGGAUUGUCGGCGUCGCUAGACUGAAAGAACCUUCGUAGCGAGAUUAUUCGAAAAAUAAACAAACGAAUACGGAUAUUUGGCUUCCCGUAUUAAAUCGCAUCGUUACCGAUCGAAAUUUAUGAAAAACCAGAUCGUUAUAAAACGAAGCAGGAAGGUAAAAGCGAACGUUGAAGAUCCGACAAAUUGUUAUUCAAAUAAAUCAUUUACGCGCGAACGUGUGUGUGUGUGUGUGCGUGCGUGCGUGCGUGCGUGCCUACGUGGCUUUUUAUCACGGGAGUUAAAAUAAUGCGGCUACUCGUGCUGUAAAAUAUAUCGACGAGACUCACUUGAGGCCUACGCGUAAUUAUAAUCCUCCGGUAAUAAACACGGUUAAAUACUCGAUUUUCAAAUAAUCACUCUAAAACUUAAUAAUAACAACAACAACAACAACAACAACAAUAAUAAUAAUAAUAGCGAAAAAUCUUAAAUAUCGAUCGAAAUAAUAAGCGAAAUAAGUAAAUAAAGCCUCGAUUAGUGCUCUCUGUCCGUAAGAAUUAAUCAUGCUCAAUUCGUGCUGUGCUUUUUUUAUUAUCCAACAAAUAUGGUGGCUCGUGCCUGAGUCGUCGUAACUCGUGAUAUAUCGGAGCGUGUUUUUCAGUGCCAGCUGGAUGACAGUUCAUCUCACUCGUAUCAAUCCACUAAAAUUGUUGAUAUUAUUAUCGCAACUCGAUCGAUUCCCAGCAUCAACCUCGUGACGACGCGCUGGGCAACAACAUUAAAAUAUAAAUACAAAUAUAAGGAGAAAAACAAAUAGGAAUAAACCCAGUCACUCUGGGGAUCUCACGGGGUGAAAUGCCUGUGAGACGGGGUCAUGUUGCACCCAGGACCACCAUAAUCGAAACCAUCAUUAGAAAAUUCGAUACUCAUGAUCGAAGUUUUUUGGUGGCGAACGCUCAGCAGGGACUAUGUCACAUAAUCUACUGCUCGGAUGGAUUCUGCCGAUUGACGGGCUACUCGAGGGCGGAGGUUAUGCAGAGGCCCGCGGUCUGCGAGUUCCUCCACGGGCCCAUGACCUCGCCUCAUGCGAUAGCAGCGCUGCGGGACGCUCUCGUCGCGGGGGUCGAGAAGCACUUUGAGAUACUCUACUACAGAAAAGACGGCACCAAGUUCCUCUGUAGCGAAGUCAUUGCGCUCAUAAAAAGCGAGACGGACGACAUUUGCCUUCAGAUUAUUAACUUCGAGGACCUUAGCGCACAGCCUUCACCGCCAACGGUACCGCCGCCUGCCAGUCAAGCGAACAACAGACUCGUCACACGCUUCGACAGGGCAAGGGCAUCCUUUCGUGCUGGUCUCACCGGGGUCGUCGGUCCACCGAGAGUCCGCAAUCGACCAAGGACAACGUCCAACUUGCCGCAUCAGCGGGCCGACGGGACCAUCCUCGACGAGGACGCCUCUGAGAACUGCCCUUUAACAUGCGGCUCGCCCACGAUGAUGGAGUCCUGGGGACCGGGACGUCCGGGGGCAGGUCCACCGUCUCUGCCACCACCAGCAGUCCCGCCGCCAGGUCAUCAUUCAACUUCUGGGAGCAACGCACUACCCGCUGGUUCGACGUCCUCCGCAGCAGCGGCAUCAGCAGCAGCCCCGCAUUCUCAUCAUCAGCAUCCUACUGGAGCAGCUCCAAUCGCGAGUCCCGAAGGAGUAAGCGACGUCUCCCAGAAGUCGGGUAUCUGGGAGGGUCAAAAUUCUUCGUCAGGGGGAGGUGGAGAGGGACCAUCGCGAAGCGUAUCGCACGCGGCGAGCCUCGACGCGAUAUCGAGGCGAAUGGUGAAGCAGGAAUCGACGAGGGUCCCUUGUCGAAGUCUCACCUGCAGUGUUUUAGCGGGCCGAGGGAGCGAACAAGUACCCGGCCUUGGGCGAUGGCCAGCGACAGUCGAUAAUCUCAUCGAAGCCGCCAAACAUUCGAAAAUAUUUCCCGGGGUCGCCUCCGAGAGCGAUCUACAAAAAUGGAGAACAUCGAGAGAACGAAAGUCACCGUCUCUCAGUCAAAUGGGACCAGAUUCCGUCAAACACAAAGAUAACGGCUCGGCGAAGUAUUUCCAAGGGGCCAUGCACACACCGAAUAUGGGAGAAAAAGUAGCGCAGGUACUGUCUCUCGGUGCGGACGUUCUACCCGAGUACAAGCUACAAUCACCUCGGAUACACAAAUGGACUAUACUACAUUAUUCGCCUUUCAAGGCGGCCUGGGACUGGUUAAUAUUACUCCUAGUUAUGUACACAGCAAUAUUUACACCUUACGUCGCUGCUUUUUUACUAUCGGAUCCAGACUACAACAGCCGGAAGGCCAAAAAGUACAGCGACGAUACGAUCGUCAUUAUCGAUUUUAUAGUCGACGUGACAUUCAUCGUGGACAUAAUUAUAAACUUUCGUACCACCUUCGUAAACAACAACGACGAGGUGGUUUCCCGUCCGAUGAAGAUAGCCGUCCAUUACUUGAAGGGAUGGUUCAUCAUCGAUCUGGUGGCUGCCAUACCCUUUGAUCUCUUACUUUAUGGCUCCAAUACGGACGAGCUCGGCUUGGACAAGGAUGAGACAACGACCCUCAUGGGCCUAUUGAAGACAGCUCGACUCCUCCGUUUGGUCAGAGUCGCUAGAAAAAUCGACAGGUACAGCGAGUACGGAGCUGCCGUUCUUCUGCUACUGAUGGCUACUUUUGCCCUCAUUGCACAUUGGAUGGCGUGUGUUUGGUACGCGAUAGGGCACGCUGAGAGGCCGGGUCUCAAGAGUAAAGUAGGCUGGCUCGACAUCCUCGCGAACGAUACCCACCAAUUUUAUUAUCACAACAACACAGGAGGGCCGAGUAUAAAGAGUCGUUACAUCACCGCACUGUAUUUCACAUUCAGCAGCCUGACAUCCGUGGGCUUUGGUAACGUGGCCCCGAACACGGACGCUGAAAAAAUAUUCACUAUAAUCGUCAUGCUCAUCGGAUCUCUCAUGUACGCGAGUAUAUUCGGUAACGUUUCCGCGAUAAUACAGAGGCUUUACAGCGGUACAGCGAGGUAUCACACGCAAAUGUUGCGCGUUCGUGAAUUCAUAAGGUUUCAUCAGAUACCGAAUCCACUGAGACAGCGUCUCGAGGAAUACUUUCAGCACGCCUGGACUUACACGAAUGGUAUCGAUAUGAACAGCGUGCUAAAGGGCUUUCCCGAGUGCUUGCAGGCCGACAUAUGCCUACAUUUGAACAGAACGCUGCUCAACAAUUGUAAAGCCUUUGAAAAAGCGAGUCCUGGAUGUCUUAGAGCGCUCUCCUUAAAAUUCAAAACGACACACGCCCCACCUGGCGACACCCUCGUACAUCGCGGCGACGUUUUGACCUCGCUGUACUUCAUAUCGCGCGGGAGCAUCGAGAUUUUGAAGAACGACAUCGUCAUGGCUAUUCUCAAUCCACCGGACAUUUUCGGCGAAAAUCCCUGCGAAUACUCGACCGUUGGAAAAUCGUCGUGCAACGUCAGAGCCUUGACGUACUGCGAUCUUCACAAAAUUCACCGGGACGAUCUGCUCGACGUUUUGGCACUUUAUCCCGAAUUUCACAGCCAUUUUAUCGAGAAUCUCGAAAUCACGUUCAACAUGCGAGACGAAGAGCAAGCCGGGGUCGAUCCAAUUUCUGCGAGGUUCCCCGUCAGCACGCCAACGGACGUAGACGUUGACGCGAGGAGAUUCGCAUUCCGUCCACCGAGAUGCCGAUACGGACCAGGCGGGCUUCCAAAUACGAAUCUCGUUCCCACGGGUCGCCAGGAAUCGAUCCAGGACGACCAAGAUGACUAUGACAAGGGCAGCGGGCACGGAAUUCUCGAGUUCAGUACUGACAAAGCGGGACAGGAUGUCACGCCGCUCAAUCUUGAAUUUGAUGAACCGAAGCAACGAAGCUCGACCCUCAAUUCUAUUACGGGCAUGCUAACCCAUCUCAAGCGCAGCAUACCGGAUCUCCGUCAGCACAAGAUUCAUCUCCAGCCGCUAACGAGUCACGACUACCUCGCUAAGCAGAUUACAACCCCCUUGACGAGGCCGCCGAGAAGAAGCUCCGCAGCUGGUGAAAGUUGCCUCAUUCAAAACGUCGUUCAUCCACCGUCGACGACCUCCAGCCAUUACACGACACCUUCGCCGCCUCAACAUCCUCACUCGCACGGCGAUUUUCAGAGCGGACCAGGACGACCACUCGACGAGAUGAACUCGAGGAUAGACGAACUGACGCGCCAAGUAAACUCGCUGGAACACUCGAUGGGAGGCGAUAUACGACUCAUACUGGCGCUACUCCAACAAACUCUCAACUCCUCGAAGGAAAGCUCGAGUAUCGAGAUGACCCAACCGGGCACAGCACCAGCCGCGACGACUCGGGCCACCACGAGGCCACCUGCAUUGGCACAACGCUCAGCCAGCGAACCGCAACCACCCACAAUACCGCCAUCGGCCUCGAGCAAUGGAAAUGGCAAAAUUCAACCCAGCACGUCCCACGGCCUCUUCCGUCUCCUAUCAAAAUCACUGGAUCAGUUGCAUUUGAUUUCGGCGUCUUUUAUUUUGGAAAGGUUGGACAAGUUCCGAAGGCCGCCUACGAAUAGGGAACCAACCUCGACGACGUCUUCGGGAACGUCACGUUUGACGGUGACCUCUGACACUUCGGCACUUGCGACAGCGCUGCAAGCAGCGCUGAACGGCCGCGGCGCCCCUACGAGGUCCCAAAGUCAACCGGUCGAUCUCGCUGUUCCACCAAACGCGGGACAACGCGAAACCCAUCAACAAACUUACGGAUGGCACAGUCAACCCGCCGCUUUCAGAAGAGGCGAAUUCAGAACCGGUUACAGCUCUUUCAACAAACGUUCAGAGCCGGAAACGGAGGAUCCGUGGAGUUGCGUCGUCCAAUUGCCAGUGUCAGAGCCACGGGUCGCGGGACUCCAGCGUCCCCGAAGUGGUGACAUUCAUCGAAAAGAGACGACGAUCGGGCACCAGAGAAACGGCGAGACGAGUCGACAGCAACAGCAACAGCAGCAGCAGCAGCAGCAACAACAGCAGCAGGGCGACGCUCAACAAUUGAGUGCACAAAGGCAGGAAAGUUCGAGGCAAGCGAGCGAAGACAUACCGUGGGAAUUCACGAUAAACGAGGCGCCGAUCGCGCGACUCGAGUCCCUCGACGAGCUCGAUCAGGAUCACGCUAGUUAAGGAUUUAUUUUUCACUUUUGCGAUAAUAACCGAGACAUUAAUGCGGUGUUUUGAGGACCGACGAAAACGAAAAUCAUUCAUAUAUUCGUCUCGAUAGUCACCGCGACAGAACAAACGUUGAAUUAGGAAGAAUAAAAAAACGAAAACGAUGAUGAUCAAAACCGGUUAUCUAGAGAGAAAAUUUGAAAUAAAAUAAUUAAACGAGUCGAAGAGAAACGUCACUGGCCAGAUGACCUGACGAUUUUCCGGACAGUCCUGUUCGCGUUGAUCCGCUGCCUGCUUUGCUUAUCCUGCCUCUCUGUCCCUUUAUUUUCAAUAAGGGAAGAAACAACAAAUUAUUCAACAAGACAAAAAUAUUAUGAAAAUAUAUCUUACACGACGAGAAGAAAGAAACAAACAAACCCAAACAACGCGAAAGAAAAAUUUAAAAAAAGAAGAAAAAAAAGAAAAAAGAACAAUCGUUGUUAAGAAGAUGAAGAUAAAGCUAAUGAAUAUUUGAGACGAAGAACGAAUAAAUGGUGAAACGCGCUGUAGUCGCACCAAAAAGUUUGGCUGUGGUUUUAUUAAUGCGAUUUUCCAUCGAGACGACCUUCUUCCAUUCAAGGACGCGUCGCUCGAUCGAGCGCAUUUAACUCGCCGAGAGAGAGAGAAGAGUCCGCGCGUUAUUAUCAUUAUUAUUAAUAUUGAUUGUUGUUAUUAUUAUUAUUAUUAUGAUAAUGGUUAUUAUUCCUAUGAUUAUUUAUUGUAGUAUCUAGUAACUUUAGAAGAAAUGAAAAAAAGCAACGGAAUGUUUGAGAUUCGAUUCUUUCGAAAAAUCUUUUGUUAUUUUCACUCGUCAUCGCCUUCUGACUCGAGCAUUUAUAUUUUUUUUCUUUCAUUUUUAUGAUAAUGAAACGAUAGAAAAUUCGUGAAUUCGCGCGAAUAUUACAAUAUUUUCGUAUCGUGUUCGAUCUCGAUUGCGAAAAAACAAAAGCAUUCGCGGAGAAAUGAUAUCGAGCGAGCAUUAUUGGCGUAGAAUUGAGAAGAAAUUGGAUAAAAACUUUUGAAAACGUUCAUUCUGCCAUCUCGAGUGAGAGACCUCACGUUUUUUAGAUCGGUCGAUAAAAAUGCUUAGCCCUCCGAGAAACAACACAUUUCGCCCCGCGUCGUUAUUCGCCCGAGGAAGAACUCGUUAUUUUUGCACUCUUCGCUACAAAUUUUCAUUCCCCUGGGAACACUUCAGGAGAUGCUCGGGAACAAGGGAGGAACAUUUUCUGGCAAAUGGACUCAAUGAUUUUUUUUAUCCAUACGCGAUAUUAUCGAUCAACGAUAAGUCGGCGAAUUUUUCCUUCCCUCCAGUCAUCUCUCUUUUCAACCGGAACUGAAGGGUUUUCAGUCGACGAAAAUUUUCAGAUAAGCCUGAUCGAAAAAACGGAAGAAUUACUCUAACUAUGACUCCGCAAAAUUUGAAAAUUUCAAAUUCCGCAAAAUUCACGAAAGUUAAUACGUUUUUAAUAAAAAAAUUUUUUAAAAAACGAAGAGAGCAACAAUAACGUCGCUCGGGAACCUAGAACUUUCAGGAUCGUUGAUUCAAUGAUACCGGCACGAAAAAAAGGCGAAGACAAAUGCGAACAAACGAAAAAUGCCUUCGCGAUAUAUUUAUUAUCGAUAUAUACACGUUAUACGUUAUGUUCGUUUGCGUAUAUACGAGAAAAUAUACAUAUAUAUAUUGAAAUAUAUAUAGAUCAAGACUAUACAUACAUAAAUGUACGUUAAAGAGAUUAAAAGAAAAAAGAAACAAAUUUUAUACAAAAUAUGGAGGUGCGCACGCGAGAGGAUCUCAUUUUUCACGUGUUUAUAAAAAUUUGGUAAUUGAGGAAAAUUACAUUGACAAACCCGACAAUUAAUAACUCUGUAAUUGUUCGGUCAAUGGAAUUUUAAAACACGAAUAAUACUGUUGACGUAUGCUAUUUCAUUUUUUCGAAAGACAAAACAUUUUCAAUUAACAUAAAACUGUUAUUAAAAAUUUCUCUCUCUCUCUCUCUCUCUCUCCCUCUUUCCAUCUCUCUCUCUCUCUCUCUCUCUCUCUCUCUCUCUCUCUAUUUUUCUCUUUCUCUCUCUCGUAAUAGUCCCAAAAAUAUUUCUCCUCGCUUUUUUUACCCGUAGAUAUUAAUCUCGAUAAUCAGUAGAAUAAAUUAAGUACGAAAUGACGAGGCAUGCAUGCGCAGUUGUGAAUUUCUCUCGUCGCGAAUUUCGUUUUUAUUUUGCUCACACAGUAUUGUAAAUUAGGGAUUUGUAGGGGUUGAGAACGAAGACGAAACAAGAAAUUAAAGGCAAAAGGAGACAAAACGAAUGUGACUGAACACAACAAGAAGCGAAAGAAAUAAAAAAGCUCUGACCCAAAAGAGAAAAAGAAACGAGCACACGUCGUGAAAUACAAAAAAUUUAACAUUUUAAAAUCAGGUCGAAGGAAGAAUAGAAAAAGAGAAUGAUCGUUGCCCGGUCCGUAAAAAUUUAUGAAUGCUCGUUGACAUAAUGCCAUUGAGAAAAGCAUGAAAAUGAAAAAGCCAAAAAAAAAAAAAGAAGAAAAAACAGAAAACAGCUUUACGCCACAGAGGAUUAAAAUAGAAUAAAUAAGUAAUGAAAAAGGGAUUUUUAUUGUAACGUUUAGUCAAGAAAAGGCACGUGGAACAUGCACUAAUAGUUGAUACCGUUAUUAUUAACAAUAACAAUGAAAAUCGUUGAUUUAUUGUAAAUUAACUUUAUUCUUUACUUUAUUGUAACGUUAUAAUUAUUGUUAAUCGAAAACGUGCGAUCUCCCUCCAGCCCCUUCGCAGCGUUCUUUCCCGGAAAUAGGAAAAAAAACGAUCCGCUUCGCAUUUUCGGGAUAUUCGCGUCUUUAUUUUGAUUGUUUCUUCCCAUCCCUCGCGCACACAGACACACACGAAUCUUCUGAUGAAAAAUCUUCUGUAAAGACAAAACCUUCGAUAAAAAAAGCAAAGAAAUAUAAUACACCGCUGUUUUUAAUGAUCGAUCAAGAGAUACAAAAGAUCAGAAACGUUAAUUAAAUAAAUCAAUCUAAACGGAUCGGACUGCCAUUAUGUAUACCUACGUCAACGAUGAAGAAUUGAAAUAUUCGGAAGACAAAAACGAUGAAAUAUGUUAAACGAGGGCGAAAAAUGAAUAAAUAAAUAAAUAAAUAAACGAAGAAACCGAAGAAAAUACUAUUUGACGAUGUGUAAGAUUACGAUAAAGAUACGGAAACGUUUUUAUUCGCAUCACACCUUUGGGAGAUUGAUCUGUAUAUAUAAAUAUAUACAUAUAUAUAUAUAUAUAUAUAUAGUAUAGAUAUAUAUAUAGAUUGUAAAAACAAAUAUAAAUAUAUAUAUAUAUCUCUACACGAACGAUCGACACCGAUGAUAUCGACCGUGUGGUGAUUAUUGGAUUGUACGAUUGACCGAUUAUCACGACGAGCGCACUGAUUUGUAACACGUAAAAAAAAAGUCAUUAGUUGACCGAGAUCGAA